CGAUUUGCUUCUACAGUUCAGAUUGUGACUUUGUGCUGAAUUAGUGUUACGCGGAGUAAAAAUACUUAGAGAAUUUGAUUUUCUUUCGUUUGGGAACAAAAUGCUUUUGAAAAGGCUUUUGGCGUUAAGUCUUUUAUUAACCGUUAUCGAUUGGACUUCCUGUCAAUGGUGUACCGAAAUAAGAUAUGAGAAAGAAACUUUUAGACGACUGAAAGAAUAUGUAGAAACUUAUUGGACUCAAAACUGGUUAUACUUUGAUGUACAAAGAACCAGAUAUGCGAACAAAUGGGUUCCCGAUUAUCGAUAUGUAACAAAGACUAAAAGGAUCUGCUGUGAUGGUUACCGGAUGAGCGGUUACUAUUGCGACCCAAUUUGCCGGUCUGGGUGCCAAGCCAAUAGUCGUUGUACCGGUCCUAAUGAGUGCACAUGCAAUCACGGUUACUUUUCCAGCACAGAGACUACAUGUGAGCCAAAAUGCACUGAAGCCUGUGGGCCACACAGUACUUGUACUCAACCCGAGCUUUGCACAUGCGAUUCAGGCUAUACGGAAAUAAGAAGUGGCAUAUGUGAGCCCAUCUGUGAAGAGCCUUGUUCAGCGUAUGCCAGCUGCACUGCGCCAAAUACUUGUAGCUGCUUGACGGGUUACAUAUUCAACGAAAACUUGUCUCAAUGUGUGCCAGAGUGUCAAAACGGUUGUCCCUUGAAUAUGUACUGCCAAUCGCCAAAUCAGUGCGCAUGCCGCACCGGUUACAGACUACAAUCGAAUAUCACGUAUAUUACUGAGGCGUCCACAGUGAGUUACAGCGAGUCAUGUGUACCGAUCUGCAGUGCUGGUUGUCCAGCGAAUAGUGAAUGUUACGCGCCAGAGGAAUGCCGCUGCGCGGAUGGAUACACAGCGCUAACGGACGAAGACGGACAAUUGAGUAAUACGGGCGAAUGCGUGCCGGUAUGUGUGGACCAAUGUCCAGAGCAUGCCAAUUGCGUUAGGCCGAAUGAGUGCAUAUGCGAGUUCGGUUAUGAAAUGCUUCAACCGCCGCAACAUCGGCCCUACUGUCAGGCGUUAUGCACACAGAAUUGCGAGCUGAAUGGCAAAUGUGUGGCACCGGACGUAUGCGAAUGCUUUGCCGGCUAUGCACAUGUGAACAGCAGCACUAGCGUCAGCAACGAUCCGCAAGCGCCCUACUGUCAACCGGUUUGCUCCAAUGGCUGUGCGCAUGGCAGUUGCGUGGCACCUGAAAUGUGCGUGUGCCACCCGGGCUACCUAAUGGGAGCGCAUGGUGUGUGCGAGCCUACAUGCACGGGAGGAUGUCAGAAUGGACGCUGUAUCGAUGUGAACGUAUGUGAAUGUAAUGAUGGCUACCAACUAGCCCCGCAUGAAUUGAGUAAAUGCGAACCCAUUUGCAGUAAGCGCUGCGUCAAUGCAGACUGCGUCGCGCCGGAACUCUGUCUCUGCCACGAGAAGUAUCAACCGCUAUCUGGUGAAAACCUCACCCACAUAUGUACGCCGAUGUGUUGGCCGGAGUGUGUAAAUGGAACUUGUAUUGCACCGGAUCAGUGUAGCUGUAUGGAAGGUUAUGUGCGAUCAGCAAAUACUACGCAGCCGCACACCUGCGAGCCAUAUUGCGCAAGUUGCAAUGGCGGCUAUUGCGUAGCACCGUCGAAAUGCAUCUGCCCUGAAGGUUUGGAGUUGACAGUCAUUGGAGACGGUAACGAAUGUACAACAAUUACAACGACUAGUAUGACAACGAUUGCUACAACCGAUGACACUACAACAAGUGAGACUGAAACAACAACCGAGAUUGAAACAACAUUAUUAGCGUCCACCACUGAAAUGACAAUUGCUACCGAUGACGCUACACCAAGCGAGAUUGAAACAACAUUAUUAGCGUCCACCACUGAAAACAUUGAGUGGUUCAACGAGAGUGCAGAAGUUGAGGUGCUGACAGAAGUUAGUAUCGACGACGAGAAAGGAGGACGCUACAUGGAUAGUUUCACGGAUACUCUGAUAACUGCCGGCGCUGCUCAACCUUACCGAACUCUUAUUGUUGGUCUGCUGUUCUCUGCAAUAAUGUCAGCUAUGUUUGUUUAAGCGAUAAAACAGCGAUAAUUCUUACCUCCGAAAAGAUCUCGUAUCUCUUAAGCAAACCACUCAGUUGAAAAAAAACACAGCAGUAUUUAUGAUAUAUGAAUUUUAUUCAAAAGCAUUAUAUUUUGUAAUUAUAUUAAAUAGUACAGAAAUACUCAAAUACAUAUAUAAAUAUAUAUAUAUAUAAUAUUCACAAUUAUACAUUAUACAUAAUAAAGAUUUAAAAUGCAAAUUA